AUGAAUAUCUUUGAAUUGUUUCAGAAACCAUACAAAAUGAGCUAUCCAGGCUACCCGUAUCAACAGGGAUCAGCACCAGGAGCCCCCUCAUACCCCCAACAGCCGCCCCACGGGGGAGCACCUUACCCCACAAGUGGACCUGUUAACCCCAACAGCUUCGGUUACCCCUCCAGCGCUCCAAUGUACAUGCCCCAACCGAUGCCCAUGCCUGCCGUUCCCCCAACUUCCAAUGCCUACCCUCCCCCUCCAAGCAACUCCCCAUAUCCUCCCGCUGGAGGAGGCUAUCCUCCCUCUGGAGGUGGCUAUCCUCCCUCUGGAGGUGGCUAUCCUCCCUCUGGAGGUGGCUAUCCUUCAUCAUCAGGAGGAGGGUAUCCUCCGUCGGGAGGGGGAUACCCUCCCCGAUCAGGAGGGGCUUAUCCUCAAUCAGGGGGUGGUUAUCCUCCUUCGUCAGGAGGAGGAUAUUCUUCAUCGGGUGGAGGUUAUCCCUCAUCUAAUCACAGUCCCGCUCCUGGUGCUCCUCCCAGGGGGUCACAUGGUUAUCCUGGAGGAGGUUCGAGUGGGCCCUAUGGAGGACAAUCGUAUGCCCAACACAGUAGUCCGCAAAUGUCGCAGCACACUCCCAAAAAGAGGACACCCACAGUUGUUCCUGCUCACCCUUUCGAUCCUAGAGCAGAUGCCGAGAUCCUCAGGAAGGCCAUGAAAGGUUUCGGAACUGAUGAGAAAGCCAUCAUCAAUAUUCUUGCCAGAAGGACCAAUGAACAGAGAUUGCAUAUUGCCGACUUGAUCAAAGAUCUCAAGAGCGAGUUGUCUGGCAAUUUCGAGAACUUGGUGGUGGCUUUGAUGACUCCUAUGCCCGAAUUCUAUGCCAAAGAACUUCAUGAUGCUAUGAGUGGAGCUGGUACGGAUGAAGAUGUCCUCAUAGAAGUACUCUGCACCAUGACGAACCAGGAAAUCAUGGUCAUUCGACAGGCCUAUCACUCAUUGUAUUACAGAAACCUGGAGAGCGACUUGAAAGGUGACACAGGCGGCACCUUCAAACGCCUCAUGGUCUCUCUCUGUAACGCUUGCCGAGACGAAAGCAUGUCCACCAAUCAGCAAAAAGCUCUAUCUGACGCGCAGGCGCUCUUGAGAGCCGGAGAGCUACGCUUCGGCACCGAUGAAUCCACCUUCAACAUGAUCCUUUGCCAGCGCAACUACGCGCAGCUGCAGCUGAUCUUCAAGGAGUACGAACGUAUCACUGGACACGAUAUCGAGAAGGCCAUCAAGAAUGAGUUUUCCGGGGAUUGCGAGGAAGCUUUCUUGGCGGUCGUGCGGUCCAUCAAGAAUCAGUCGCUCUUUUUCGCGAAGAGGUUGAAUAAGAGCAUGAAAGGACUGGGAACGAAUGAUAGGCAGCUGAUAAGGCUGGUGACGAGUAGAUGCGAGAUUGAUAUGGAGGAUAUUAAGAGAGAGUAUCAAGCUAAAUAUGGGGAGUCUCUGGCUGAUGCGAUUAAGGGGGAUUGCUCAGGACAUUACAAGAAGUGCUUGUUAGCCCUCAUCGGAGAGAGCGCCUGAUUCACGUAGUUUUUAUCAUAUUUACAUGAUUUGUGUCAUAUAAAACCUGUUCGUUUCUUCAAAAUAUGUGUUUUUUGUAUCGUAUUUUUAUAUAAACUAUUCCCUUCAUAAAAGUUAUCUACUUGUUAAGAUGUUCCAUUUCUGGAAAUAUUGUGAUAUAGUUAAUCUCAAUAAAGAGUUUUAGCUUCCAUA